UGAUUGGGCAGCUUAUGCACUGGCACUUUAAAAGGACCACUGUCUUUGCAUCAGGCAGGAAUCUGAAACAACAAAAAUGUCUUCUGGAUUUUGUGUGAGAGUGAUUGUGCUCUCACUCUUGAUUUUUGGGCAGCAAGCAAAGGCACUCAGCUACAGAAGUGGAGGCUCCAGUGGCAUUACACCUCACUUUGAUUUUUCAAGAAGCCUCAACCCUGCUUCCACUUCCAGUGAUGCCAGUUCAGCAAAGCCUGAGAGUGUUUUGGGUAGGUCAGCACCCUUUUACGCUGAUAGAGCUUUAUCUGAGAAUGUGAAGCCAGCUGCUGCACCAAGUGCAGGAGGUUAUAGGGGUUCUCAUGGCAGGCAAGUAAAUGGUUACAGUCCAGAGGGAAGUGUUUCUAGCUACAGGCCAAGCCACCCAAUCAUUCAAAAACCAAACCAACUACCUCAAGUUAACCCUAUUGCAAAUGGUGUCCUUCAAACCAAAGAUGCCAUGUGGGAUUUCACUUCACCCCAGAAUGCAAACUCUUUUGAGUCUGGUAUUGCUUCAAGUUCUGCAAUUGAGAUGCACUCUGGUCCCUACUCUGAGCUACCGGAUGCAGUGCCAUCCAAGCCCCAGCAGCCCUAUAACCCUCAAAAUCCCCAGCAGGCCGGAAACAAACCUAAGCCCCACCAGCCCAAGCCCUAUGAGCCAGCCUACCCUUCAAAUCCCCUGCAGUCUAAGUACCAGCCCAAAUCCCAGCAGGCCAAGCCCUACCAGCCUUCCUAUCCUUCAAAUCUUCAGCAGCCCAAACCGCAGCAGUCCAAGCCAUACCAGCCUGCCAACCCUUCAAAUCCUCAGCAGUCCAAGCCAUACCAGCCUGCCAGCCCUCUGACUCCUCAGCAGUCCGAGCCCUACCAGCCUGCCAAGCCUUCAAAUCGUCCGCAGGCCAAGCCCUACCAGCCCGCCUACCCUUCAAAUCCUCAGCAGGCCAAGCCCUACCACCCUUCAAAUCCUCAGCAGUCUAAGCUCUACCAGCCCGCCUACCCUUCAAAUCCUCAGCAGGCCAAGCCCUACCAGCCUGCCAGCCCUUCAAAUCCUCAGCAGUCAAGCCCUACCAGCCAGCCUCUCUUUCAAACCCUCAGCAGUCCAAGCCCUACCAGUCCGCCUACCCUUCAAAUCCUCAGCAGGCCAAGCCCUACCAGCCUUCAAAUCCUCAGCAGGCCAAGCACUACCAGCCUGCCUACCCUUCAAAUCCUCAGCAUGCCAAGCCCUACCAGCCCGCCUACCCUUCAAAUCCUCAGCAGGCCAAGCCCUACCAGCCUUCAAAUCCUCAGCAGUCUAAGCUCUACCAGCCUGCCGACCCUUCAAAUCCUCAGCAGUCCAAGCCCUACCAGCCUGCCUACCCUUCAAAUCCUCAGCAGGCCAAGCCCUACCAGCCCGCCUACCCUUCAAAUCCUCAGCAGGCCAAGCCCUACCAGCCUGCCUACCCUUCAAAUCCUCAGCAGGCCAAGCCCUACCAGCCUUCAAAUCCUCAGCAGUCUAAGCUCUACCAGCCUGCCAACCCUUCAAAUCCUCAGCAGGCCAAGCCCUACCAGCCUGCCUACCCUUCAAAUCCUCAGCAGGUCAAGCCCUACCAGCCUUCAAAUCCUCAGCAGGCCAAGCCCUACCAGCCUGCCUACCCUUCAAAUCCUCAGCAGUCCAAGCCCUACCAGCCUGCCAAACCUUCAAAUCCUCAGCAGUCCAAGCCCUACCAGCCUGCCAACCCUUCAAAUCCUCAGCAGGCCAAGCCCUACCAGCCUGCCUACCCUUCAAAUCCUCAGCAGGCCAAGCCCUACCAGCCCGCCUACCCUUCAAAUCCUCAGCAGGCCAAGCCCUACCAGCCUUCAAAUCCUCAGCAGUCUAAGCCCUCACCAGCCAGCCAACCAUUCCAAACCUCAGGCAGGCCAAGCCCUACCAGCCUGCCAACCCUCAGAUCCUCAGCAGUCCAAGCCCAACCAGCCCUGCCAAGCCCUUCCAAAUCCUCAGCAGUCAAGCCCUACCAGUCAGCCUACCCUUCAAAUCCUCAGCAGGCCAAGCCUACCAGCCUUCAAAUCAUCACGCGUGUAA